GAAACUAUGAUUUUACAAGUCGUCGUUGUCAUAGCCGUUUUAAUUAAAAUAUCGUUACGAAAAUUACUAUGAAAACGUCACUUUAUGUAAUUUUGUAUAGUUCUGUAUAUUUUUCUGUAUGAUUUUUUUUUGUACAAAAAUCCUUAAUGUUUUGAAGUAAAAAUCUCAUUCGGUGCAACGAUACAACAAAGAAAUGAAGUUGAAAACCUUUAUUUUUUAAAUAAAUAUGAUAAAAUUAUCCCAGGUUCGUAACCAGUUACUUAUUUUUAAUUCUGAUAACACAAUAAACGAUGAAGAGCUGUUACUACUUUACGACGUUAAUAAAUCAAAUAACUUAAAUUUGUCCUACCAAAGUUAUCCAAGAUUUAAUUUAGACAACAUGUCAGUGGAUGAAGCAAAAAGCGAAUUUCGUUUUUUAUCAACAGAUAUUUACGAAAUGAUUGAUCUUCUUAACAUUCCCGAGAAGAUAACGUGUUAUAAUGGCAUCACCAUUUCAGCUGACGAAGCCUUUUGUAUUUUUUUAAAACGUUUUGCUUACCCCUGCAGGUAUCAAGGUAUGAUUCCACGAUUUUCAAGACCAGUACCACAAUUAUUUAUGAUUUCAAACCAUAUUAUGAAUUUAUUGUUUGCACAAUGGGGCCAUUUGCUUACCAACUUAAAUCAGGGAUGGUUAGAUACUCAGCAUCUAGAAAUGUUUGCCUCUGCUAUUCAUGCUAAAGGAGCUCCUCUUACAAACUGCUGGGGGUUUAUUGAUGAAUUUAAGACCAAUAAGUUGUCCUAGAGAGCACCAAAGAAUACUUUACAAUGGACAUAAAAGGUGUCACGGAAUAAAGUUCCAAUCACUAGUUGCACCCAAUGGCUUAAUUGCCAAUCUAUAUGGUCCUGUGGAAGGAAAAAGACAUGAUAGCGGUAUGCUUGCCGAUUCAAAUUUACUAAAUAAAUUAGCAGUUUGUUCUUUCAAUAGCAAUAGAGAACCUUUGUGUGUUUAUGGAGACCCUGCAUACCCCCAUAGAGUUAAUUUACAAUAUGGGUUUAAAGGAGCUAACAUAUCCCCUGAGCAGCUUAUUUGGAACAAAAAUAUGAGUAAAGUUCGUGUUGCUGUUGAGUGGGUAUUUGGAGAUAUUGUUAACUAUUUUAAAUUUUUAGACUUUAAAAAGAAUCUUAAAGUGGGACUUAGUCCAGUUUCUAAAAUGUAUUUGGUUUGUGCAUUAAUGCACAAUGCACGUGUUUGCCUAUAUGGUUCAACAACAACAACAUAUUUUGAUUGCCAACCACCAUCGCUUUCAAACUACUUUAAAUAA